AUGAAAUUGGUACUUGUUUGUUUACUCUUAAGUAUUGCAAUCCCGUUCGUCGUUCAGCGCUUCCGGUCUAACGAACUUCCUUUAAAUAAUGUUUUGAGUGUUAAGCGUCUACCCCAGAAAACAUCGCUGAAUGCUUCUUUACUAUUAUUUACAGAAGAUGGAGAUUUGCUUGACGUUUUACAGACCAUUCGAUCUGUAGAAGAUCGGUGGAAUAAGCGCUUUCAUUAUCCCUGGACAUUCUUUAGUUCAGAAAAAUUAUCCUCAUAUUUUAUGGAAGCUACAAGUUCCGUAGCAUCCGGAAAUUGUGAAUACGUACAGUGGGACUCUACCGAAUACUUUGGGACAGGAUUAAAAGAUACCAUGUAUUAUUUAGAGCGAUCAGAAAAACUUUCAGGGGAGGGAGUCAAAUACAGCAGAUCGGGUUCCUUCCAUAGAUACCAAGAAUGGAUCUUGCAUUCCCUACUAUACCAUCCACAGCUUCGAUUUCAAUACGUCUGGAGGCUUGAACCUGGCCUUCGCUUUACUUGCGAAGAAGAAUUAGAUUAUUUUGAGGAAAUGGCAAAACAUAAUGCAACUGUAGGAUUUACCAAUCAUGUAUGUGAAACGAGGCACUCUGGAAUUCUCGAACUCGAACAAUCCUUAAAUAAAUAUGAGCAGGAAGGGAUGCCGGAGCGACCUCGCACAGCAUGGGAGUAUUCCACAGAGGAUACGUAUUGUAAAUUUUUGCCUUAUGAUGAAAUAAUUUCUUUAAAAGAACUUAGAGGCAAUUCUUCCCUUGUUCAACUCACACAACACUUACUCAACGAAGGGGGUAUCUAUUAUCAUCGAUGGACUGAAUCAGAUAUACUCUCUGCAGUGUUGCAAGUAUACAAUACCCCAGUUCUUCCUUUAGACACAGCAGGAUACAUUUUUCGACCGGAUAUAAAUCACUGUCCCGAUAUGGAGAGCGGAAGAUGUGCUUGUUAUUUAGAAGAUUGA